AUGUCCAACCUAUACUUGGACUUCAUCGUUCCCAUACGAAAGUGCACGAAGCGUGCACGAUCAGCUUCUAAUCCACGGAUCCGCCGGAAUGGGGCUCCGUCAUCUCCGACUGCUUCUGCUUCAUCGGAAAAGACACCAUGCGGCCGGCAAGAAACAUCGGAUGGAUCGAAGGAGUUCAGAGAGUGCAGCCAUUGUAAAGCUACGGAGACACCACAAUGGUGUGAGGGGCCGAUGGGGCCGAACACUCUUUGCAACGCCUGCGGUGUUCGAUACCGCAGCGGACGGCUGUUUCCGGAGUACCGACCGGCCAAUAGUCCGACGUUGGUUCCUACGUUGCACUCCAAUUCUCACCGGAAGGUUGUGGAAAUGAGAAGGAAGGGUACUGUUGAGGAAGCUGCGGCCAUGGUGGAGGAGGAUUCUGUGAAGAGCGCAGCUGCAGCUGAUGCCGAGGAAGAGAAGAAGAUGGAAGAAGUGAAAAAGUGA